AAUAUUUCGUCAGCCUUUAGAAAAGCUGUGGAAAGUUCACCAUAUGGUAACAGAACUGACGCGGAACAAUGCUGAUAUACAAACUGAGAGCUUUUGAAAUCCACUUCGAAGUGUUGUCAAGAGAGCAUGUCGCACUUACAAUUAGUCUCAGGUAGGUGUUGGGCACACAAAAAACUCAAUUAUUAUACGCCCUUGCAAGGAAAGACUCAAAAUCAAUAAAAGGAUACAAUAAUCAUGAUAGACGAAAGUGCUGCCCCGUUGCCUGUUUGGCUUAAAGAAGAACUCUUUGAGGAUUUGCUGAAAAAGCUCUUUCCCAAAUAUCGUAGCAUUAAGAGUUUCAAGGCUGUCCCAGGACUUAAGCCUGGCGAGAACUAUUCUACAAUUAUGUUGCGGUUGCACUUUGAAGUUCAAUUGGAAGAUGACAUCACUAAGGAAAUUAGCUUCAUGUUAAAAACUCCUCACGACUUUGAAAUGUACCGAGAGAUUCUUAAGAAGAACAACAUGUUUGAUGUUGAGCGAGAUGUUUUUUUAAAUGUGAAACCCGAAUUGGAGCAAAUGUAUAAAGAUGCUGGACUUCAAGUUAGAUUUGGAGCCACCGCCUAUGAAAUUAAUGCCCCCGAUGAUUAUGUACUCCUUGAAGAUCUUCGACCCGCUGGCUUCCAGAACGCUGACCGCCUCAAAGGACUUGAUGAAAGCCACGUUCUUAGUGUCCUUACCAAAUUAGCCCAGUGGCACGCAGUCUCUGUAGCUCGCAUUGAGUUUAAAGGCGCUUAUAAGCAGCAUUAUUUUGCACCGACUUAUAUGGAUAGCAUGCGGCCUCAAAUCGAGGAAACAGCAGAGACUCUGGGAAAAUAUUUACUCAAGUGCUUGCCCAAAUAUUAUAACUACGAGUCUUACAGCGAUGCAGUGCAUGCGAUUCAACCGAAAUUUGUGGAUUUAAUGUACGGUUUGAAUAACCCGGAUCCAGAAGACUUUAAUGCCCUUGCCCAUGGUGAUUUGUGGACCAAUAAUAUACUCUUUCAAUAUAAGGAAGGCAAAUCUGAACCUAGCGAAACUUAUUUUGUGGAUCUCCAGUUGCCUAGAUACUGCUCGGUGGCAUAUGAUCUCAUGUAUUUCUUGCUGGCUUCUACACAAUUUGAUCUGAAGAUCAGUCAUUUCGACUACUUCAUCAAGAAUUAUCAUGAUCAACUGAAAAAGCAUCUACAAUUGCUGAAAUACCCGGAGGAGAACAUCCCAACGUUGCGCUCUAUUCAUCAGCAAUUGCUUAAGCACGGAUUUGUUGGAUAUCAGGUUGUUCUAAUGCUAUGCCCACCACAACUUCUCGACCGCACCGAUGACGCCAAUCUGACUGACUUUGUAACCGAAACAGGUGAUGGAGACAUCUUGAAAAUGCAAAUGUUUAGCAAUGCUCGUUAUCGCAAACAUGUCAGUGCUAUUCUGCCAUGGUUGUUCAAUCGUGGAGCUCUGCAAUAUUAAACCUUAAAGGUUGCAUUCUAAAAG